CCCUUUCCGUGAGCCAUCGGCAGCACUUUCCCGCGAACUCUCAGCUCCACUACAACCGUAGGGGCAGUUCUGAGUCUGCUGGGACAGAAGAAAUGAAUUAAUUUGGAAUAAUUAAACAACGCAUUUCAAGACGACAUGGCGAAGCAAAGUUCUCUCUUUAACUUCUUCUCGAAGUCGCCUCCUCUCGCGGUGAAGGCCAAAUCCAGCGCAUCACCAGCAGAAGGAGAUGCGGCUAGCAGAUCCAACACUUCACCCAAAGAAGAAGCUAAAGUCAACAGCAAGAAAACACCUGCAAAACCGCCCUCAAAAACCCAAGCUAAAGCAGGACAUGCAAAACUAUUCGGGGAGAAAGCGGUCACUACAAAGGAAAGAGAACAGUCACCUGUAUUUAGCGCUGGCUCACUGGUAUGGGCCAAGAUGGAGGGGCAUCCCUGGUGGCCCUGUAUGGUUGUUCCUCAGCCUCUCAGCGGACAGCAGAUGAGGGGGCGAGGCAGAGACCAAAGGCUUCAUGUUCACUUUUUUGAUGACCCACCAACCCGAGGAUGGGUUAACACAAAAUACAUAAGGGAGUACCAAGGCUCUAAUAGUGCAGAUGCCAAAUCUGGAGGAGUGUUUUUCAGCGGUAAGCCUGUAAUACGUAAGGCAAUGGAGCUGGCAGAUGUUGCAAUGAAGGACCAUGCAGAGCAGAGGUUGAAGAUGCCUUUGUGUAUGGAUCCUUCGGAUGAGGAAGAGGAGGACGAAGAGGAUAUGGAGGUUGAAAAAUCAACCUUAUCAGAUGCAGAAAUGUCUGAGGAAGAGGUUAAAGAGAAAGCAAAAGCCAGUCGGCGUCCGCCUCGUGCUGCGGCCGAAAAAGGUCAGAAGUCAAAGCGCAGACGAAUUGUUGUAGCGUCUGACAGCGAUGACUCCGGUGAAGAGUUCGAUCCUAAUAAAGCAGAAGGAAGCAGUGAUGAGGAUGAAGAAGAGGAGGAGGGAGUGAAUAGCGGAGCAGAGGAAGAAGAGAGUGAGCCAGAGACCGAACUAGACAGCCCUGUGAAACCAAUAAAGCGCAAACGUCCCACAGAAAAACCUGCUAAAUCAAAAAGCAAACCAGAUACUCCAAAGCGAGCGCCUGCAGCUCUGCCAUCAGUGUCGGCUGAUGCCAAAUCUCGACUUUCUGCUUUCUCUGCACCAGAUAACUUUGAUAGUCAGAGUAGUGCAAAUGGGACCGAGGGCGGAUCUACUGUAUGGGACCAUGAGAAACUGGAGUGGCUGCAGGACGGCAAGAGAAAAGAUGCACAGCGUAAACGUCAGUCUGACGAAAACUACGAUCCCACAACUCUAUAUGUGCCUGAAGACUUCCUUAACAGAACGACACCAGGAAUGCGCCGCUGGUGGCAACUUAAAUCUGAGAUGUUUGAUACCGUUCUGUUUUACAAAGUUGGUAAGUUUUAUGAACUCUACCACAUGGAUGCAGUCAUUGGCGUCAAUGAACUUAAUCUUACCUUCAUGAAAGGUACCUGGGCCCAUUCUGGCUUCCCCGAAAUCGGCUUUGGCCGCUUCUCAGAUGUACUUGUGCAAAAAGGCUACAAAGUGGCUCGUGUAGAACAGACCGAAACUCCAGAUAUGAUGGAAGCACGUUGCAAGAAACUGGCACGUCCCACUAAAUUUGAUAAAGUUGUCAAACGAGAGGUUUGCCGAAUUAUCACUCGAGGCACUCAAACGUAUAGCGUGCUUGAUGGCGCCCCUUCUGAAACCCAAAGCAAGUAUCUGUUGAGCAUUAAAGAAAAGAGUGAGGAGGACACCACAGGUCAUGGUCAUAUCUACGGAGUUUGUUUCAUUGAUACCUCAGUGGGACGUUUUCACAUCGGUCAAUUCCAAGAUGACCGUCAUUGCUCCCGUUUGCGUACUUUAGUGGCACACUAUUCUCCUGCACAAGAUUUUGAGAAAGGAAACCCUUCAAUUGAGACAUUAAAAAUCUUUAAGGCUAUCGUAUCGUCAUCUCUACAAGAAGGCCUCAAUGCUGGUUCCCAGUUUUGGGAUGCCCAGAAAACCCUCAAGGUACUUGCGGAGGAAGACUACUUCAAAGAAAGCAAAGAUGACAACAAAAAGUCAUCAGUUUUGCCUCCAGCUCUAAAAGCGAUGACUUCUGAGUGUGAUGCUUUGAGUCUAACUCCUAAAACAGGUUACGAACUUGCUCUUUCUGCACUUGGUGGCUGCAUGUUUUACCUGAAGAAGUGCCUGGUUGAUCAAGAGCUUUUUUCAAUGGGCAACUUCGAGGAAUAUGUUCCUGUCGAUGUGGAGAUGGAGCAAGCUGGAGGUGCAUCUUGUUUUUUUGCAAAGACUCAUCAGCGAAUGGUUUUGGAUGGAGUAACCCUUGCUAACCUUGAAAUUCUUCAGAAUAGCUCAACUGGAGGUCCUGAGGGAACACUACUUGAACGAUUGGACACAUGUUGCACUCCUUUUGGAAAGAGGUUGUUGAAACAAUGGAUUUGUGCUCCGCUUUGUAAUCCAUCCUCCAUUGGCGAUCGCUUGGAUGCUCUGGAGGACCUAAUGGGCGCUCCAUCCCAAACAUCCGAAGUCACAGACCUGCUCAAGAAGCUUCCAGAUCUGGAAAGGCUACUUAGUAAGAUCCACAGCAUGGGGACUCCUUUAAAAGGACAAGACCAUCCGGACUCCAGAGCCAUUCUGUACGAAGAGGUAGUUUACAGCAAACGAAAGAUUGCAGAUUUUCUUGCAGCACUUGAGGGAUUUAAAGUUAUGAAAGAAAUCGUGUCGAUCAUGGAGCCUGUUGGCGCAGACCUCAAAUCCAAACUACUGCGCCAAGUGGUGCUCCUCAAGACUGAAAACGAAGAUGGUCUUUUCCCUGACCUUUCUCCAGAGCUCAAACGUUGGGAUACUGCUUUCGACCAUCAGAAAGCUCGCACCACAGGCGUCAUCACACCAAAAGCUGGCUUCGAUCCAGAAUACGACCAGGCCUUAAAUGGAAUAAAAGAGUGUGAGAGAGACCUGCAGGACUAUUUGGACCGACAGAAGAAGCGAUUGGGCUGUAAGAAUCUAUCCUACUGGGGAACUGGAAGAAAUCGAUACCAACUGGAAGUUCCAGAGAGUGUUUCUGAAAGAAGCCUACCUGAGGAGUAUGAGGUCAGGUCUACUAAAAAGGGCUGGAAACGAUACUCCACCAAGGAUAUCGAGCGAAUGUUUUCAGAGCUACAGAGCUGGGAAGAUAAGAGAGAUGCAGCGCUGAAGGACUGCAUGAGGAGACUCUUCUACAACUUUGACAAGAAUUACAAGGACUGGCAGACGGCUGUGGAGUGCAUGGCAGUACUCGAUGUGCUGCUGAGCAUGUGCCGGUACAGUCAGAGCGCUGACGGGUCCAUGGCCAGACCAGAGAUGGCUCUUCCAGGGGAUGGCUCUCUUUCGGCCCCAUUCCUGGAUCUGAGGGGGUCUCGUCACCCUUGUGUCACCACGACAUUCUUCGGGGAUGACUUUAUCCCCAAUGAUAUCUUCAUCGGCUGUCCUGGCGAUGAAGAAGAGGCUCAAGAUGAUGCUAAAGCACUUGCACCAUGUGUACUAGUGACCGGACCAAACAUGGGAGGCAAAUCCACUCUAAUGAGACAGUGUGGUCUGGUGGUGAUUUUGGCUCAAUUGGGUUGUUAUGUGCCGGCUGAGAGUUUGCGUCUUACUCCUGUGGAUCGAGUCUUCACUCGCCUCGGCGCUUCUGAUCGCAUAAUGUCAGGUGAAAGUACGUUCUUUGUGGAGCUCAGCGAGACUGCUAGUAUAUUACUGCAUGCUACGAACCACUCUCUGGUCCUGCUGGAUGAACUGGGCAGAGGCACGGCCACGUAUGACGGCACGGCCAUCGCCAGCGCUGUGGUGAAGGAGCUUUCAGAGAAGAUCUGCUGUCGAACACUGUUUUCCACACACUACCACUCACUGGUGGAGGAUCACGUCCAGGACCCCGCCGUCAGACUGGGACACAUGGCCUGUAUGGUGGAGAAUGAGUGUGAAGACCCCAGUCAGGAGACCAUCACCUUCCUUUAUAAGUUCAUCGGAGGAGCGUGUCCUAAAAGCUACGGCUUUAAUGCAGCUCGCUUGGCAAACAUCCCGGAGGACGUGAUCCAGAGCGGACACAAGAAGGCCCGCGACUUCGAGAGGAGCACCGUAUCUCUCCGCAUCUUCAAAAAACUGUGCUCAUAUGCCGAAAGCCCCAGAGCUGAGCGCGAGCAGCUCACAACACUGAUUCAGACCCUCCGCAACCUGUGAACACACACACACACCCACUCCGCUUUCUGUUCAAUCCAUCAGUUCUGCAUUUCCCCAAUCCCCCAGUCGAAAAUAAAGCCUCUCACUACUGAAAUGAUCUAAUAAAGUUUAUUUUUAAAAAUGUAA